AUGGUAUAUUUCCCCGUUUACAAUAGAAACGAUGAAUUAACACGUUUAUUAAAAUUGAAACUUAAUCUUCGAAUGAUGAAAGAUUUAGAAUGUGAAUGUAGAAACUUGGAAUAUCUUGUUCGUCGAUUUCAUUCAGAAGAAUGUGAAACAAUGUCCGGCGAAAAAAUUCGAAUUCCUCCUGCAAUUAAAUUAUAUGUUAAAUUUACACGUGUUGAACAUAAAUUAUCGUCAGAUGGGGGAAGAAAAUAUUCAAAUUUUACAUUUUAA